AUGACGGAAUCCCCGCGCAGUCGAACUGCCGUGGAGCUGCUCUCCAGCCUAGGCACGAUCGCCAACACCGUCGCAACGAACCUGCAGCGCAACCGCCUCGACCGGACGGGCAUCCAAGCGAUCCUGAAGGAGUACGCGGCGCGCGCCGAGUCCGACGGCCAGCUGAUCAACGCCUCGCGGCAGUCGCACCGCUGCGUCGAGCACGGCCUGCUGCUGGCCUACGUGCACAUGGGCUUCAUCGACACCCUGCUGCGCUUCAACCUGACCAUCCCCGCCUCCGCCGUCAAGUGGUAUAGCCUCCGCUCGCUGCGCAAGCGGUAUCGCCUGUCGCUUGUGUUCAUCACGCCACAGACCAGGGACUUGCGGACGCAGUUGGAUAGUAUCCGCGCGAAGGCGGAGUUGCUGUAUGCGGAUUUCGCGGAGCAUAAUGUGCAGAUCCCCGCGACGCCGAUCCAGUAUCGAAAGGUCACGCCGUGUGAGCCUGUUGGGGCGCCGCCUGAAGCAAUCCAUGAUCUCCUUCGUCGCGGUACCCUUGCCGAGCAGGAGUUGAGCGGGAAGAUCCUUCAUUGA